UUCAAAACUACAUUUCUCCAGUAUUAAAGCAAGAAACAGAGUAACCCUUCCUCUUCUCCUCCUCUGUGCACUCCAGGCUCAGCUGCCACCGCUCCACCACACUUGGUCAGACAUGGCAGGCCAUCAAAAAAUCUACUUGUUCCCACUCCACCUGUUCAAAACACUAUUAAUCUGCUGCCUUCCAAUAAAAGGCUUGGCUUUCAGAGAGGAGCCAAUGGGAAGGCAUUAAAGCUGUGAGACCCAGGCCAAUCCCAGGCUGCAUUCUAAUGUGGCCUAUCUUUAUCAAGGUGCCACUCCAUUUCCAGAUACUGCUUAUUUAUGAUAUCUGAGGAGAGAGCCGGCAGGAGACUCAUGUCUUUAGGAAAGUGCUAAAAUCUGCGUCCAGAGGACUCGCCCAAGACGUCAGAUAUGGGAUUAUCACAGACCACACUGUGGCUGAGAAGAGGUGAAGGGCGAGAGUGAAGAGUUUAUCUGCUGCUGCAGUGUUUCUGAUGUGGCAGCAACUUUGACAAACACCAGGGAUUUUGUUAAAAUUGCUAUUAGUGCUCUUAAUUAUUAUUAAAUAAUAUCUGGGGACGGUGGGUGUGAUCCCAGAUCCAGACAUCGCCUGUGCGUGAGAGAACUUGUUGUGGGCCCAUCAGAGGUCUUUUCCUGCCUGGAUCUUAUUGGAUGUGUUACUGAGACCUGGAGGCAGAGUUACAGUGUACUCCCCAUGGAUCCAAACAUCCAGGGGUCUUUCCUGUUCAACAACAGCCUGAACCAAUUCCCAUCGGACCUCAAGGCACCGGUGUGCCAGUAUUCAGUGCCCAACUCUUUCUACAAGCUCAACCCGGGCCUCAACAGCCAGCUGCAGGCAGGGACCCCUCACGGCAUCAGCGACAUCCUGAGCCGCUCCAUGGUGGGAAUGGGCUCCACGGGCACCACCACCCUGCUGUCCGGAUACUCCACAAUGGGAGGGUUUGGCCCCUCCGUCACCAGCACGUCCAUGUACUAUAACCGAGACUACAACUCCAACCUGGGCGGCUUCUCCAAGCCAGGUGCCGAGUGCCCCAUGAAGGGUCGCAGUGUGAGCUGCUGGGCGGAGAGCGGCUGUGACUGGAGAGGAGGGAGGCAGCAAUGCACCAACAGUAGCGGACCUGGGGAGAUGUCAGGCAGGAAGAAACACACCAGACCAACAUUUAGUGGACAUCAGAUAUUUGCUCUGGAGAAAACAUUCGAGCAGACCAAGUACUUGGCUGGGCCUGAGAGAGCAAGACUGGCUUAUUCUCUGGGCAUGACUGAAUCACAGGUCAAGGUGUGGUUUCAGAACCGACGCACUAAGUGGAGGAAGAAGAGCGCCUCGGAGCCGAGCUCCACGCAGGCCAGCCACGCGGUGCCGAGCGGGGAGGCCUCGGAGAACGAGGUGGAGGACGAGGAGUACAACAAGCCUCUGGACCCCGACUCUGACGACGAUAAGAUCCGGCUGCUGCUGCGUAAACACCGCAGGGCUUUCUCCGUCCUGCGCCUCGGGCCACACCAAGUCUAACAAACUUCAUGCACACACACACACACACACACACACACAAGCUUCUCAGCAGACCUGCAUGCUGUAAUGAAAGCAAUUAGUUUUGAAUACAAAGUUUAAUCAAUGAGCAUUUAAGCAUGUUCAGAAGAGGUCAUUUGUGGUCAUCCAACAAAUGAGCACCAAAGGGUUCAAUAGACAAAUAGGCUGAAAUAAUGAAGCUAAAAAGACGCUUAGUUUUAUAAGUUAGCCUACUGUAAGAAAUGUCUCUGUUUAAUGUUACACUGGUAUGUGGGGGAAUUAUGUCAUACACAUCGUUUUGUAAAGACAGAAGAAAAUGGAAAAAAACAAACAAACAACAACAACCCACAACUGCAUGAUGCUAUUGGUAGGCCUAAUAAUAAUAAAUAAAAAAAGAGAGUAAUGAAAUUAUUGGUGUUCUUUUUUUAAUAGUUAAAGCGGUUUGUGAUUAUGUUGUGCUUAUUUGACUUUCAAAAUGAAACUGUUAUGAAAGUGCCAUGCCAUACAGUAAGAUAACUUUAUGAAACUUUCUUAAGCCAUCAAUAUAUUCAAUAUAAUUUCAAACGUCAAAGGUAAAAACAAAUGUUUUACAGUCUCAAGGUAUAAGAAAAAAAUUGAAAUGUCCUUCAAUCAAAACUUCAAAAAAUGAAUUCUAAAAUCAAAAAACUGAUAAAUCUGCAGGUAAAGUAAUUUCAGAUUCAGCUAUUUCUAGGGCUUUUAAAUAAAAUAGGAUUAUUUAACAUUCUUGUUACAAAUGAGACGUUCUGUUAUGAUGUACAGUAUAUGGGUUUGUGUGCUGAUGAAUCACAGAGCUACAAACUCUGAAAAAGGCAGGAAAAGCCUACAUUUUUAUUUAUAUGAAAACAGUGCAGAGAAAGAAGUGUGUGUUAAAAGGUAAUGGAAACAUCUAUAGAUAAUCAGGCUCUGCUCAUCUAUUAUAAUGUUCCACAGUAUGAUUUGUAAUUCUGCUAAAUGCUUAAAUUGAAUGCUGACUUGAGGUUGGUUAAAAUAACUGCAAGUUGACAGCUUUGUUUUUCAUUAUUUGUAUACUUGUUUUUGAAAUACAUUGUAUUAAUAUUAAGGUGGACAAUGUAAGAAAACACCUGAAAUGUUGCACAAUAAAUUAUUAUGAAUCAUUU